AUGUUUCUAAAGGAUGAAGGAAAUCCGAACGAUGAGAAACAAUCACUUUUACGAAGUGGUACCACUCCUAUUAACUAUCAAACAAUAUUAACUGUUCCCUAUGCUCAUGUUAUUCGAGAUGAUAAAAUUCCCAUUGAAUCGUCGAAUGUAGUCGAAUCAAAUGCUGCUCAUACUUAUUGGCUAUUUAAUGGCAUGAUACCUGAUCAAGCAUAUGAAAAACCAUGUUUUUCAUUCGACGAUGUUGAUGUUCCAACUCCUGUUGUAUUUACAACAAAAACUACAAAUGGACAUUUUCUAUUUGAACGUCUUUUUCAAAUUAAUCCAGUGAAUGCUAUUAAUUCUUCUGCAGCAAUUCGUAUGCAUCAAAUUAAUCAGAAAAAAUCAGUAACAUCAAGUACUGUUUCAAUGGCUCGACCAUUUGACGAAUUUCUUACAAAUCCAUCAAUGCCUAAUACUUCUCUUGAUGUACAAAGUAAUAGUGUAAUAACAAAAUCGGACACGGAUUAA